GAGCCAUACGACACGUUGAGAAUUCGUAAAUAUUUCACCACUGUGGCGUAUUUUUUGUUAGGUAUUCAUCUGUCUUAAAUUUCACUGCCGAAUAUAGAUUCAUAGUAGAAAGCGCAUUUAUAUAUUGAUUGAAAUCGACUUAAAAAGGCUAGACAAAAAUGCAGCCAGACCCAGAAUCUUCACCUAAAUCACGGGUCAAAUCCCAAUCCAAUUUUCUUCUGAUCUGUUCCAUCGUCAACAUUUUAAUAUUUCCACUGUGCGUUGGUCUGGAGGUAGGGAGAGUAGUUGCAGGCCAAGGUGUGUGGGGAUCGAUCACGUUUUUCGUGGCGGGAUUGCUCGGCUUUAGCGCUUCCUACAAGCCAACAAGACCAAUGAUUAUUUCGACGACGGUUUUUUCCUCUCUAUCAAUCUGCUUCGCUCUCAUUUCCGGAUGUAUAACUUGGGCUGGAGCCUUCAGGGACUGCAUUUACUUUCAGAAUUAUCCUGGAGUUUGUUUCUUCAGAGUAAACCCGUUAGUCUUGACAUUCGCAAACCUCGUCUCUUUUGUGAACAACAUUAUCGUCACUGUUGUGUUGAGUAAACUCGUCUGCAAAUGUUGCCCGUCCGCCGAUUCGUCAGUCCCAGUUCCGUUGGUAGUUCACAAUCCACCGCAACCGACGCCGAUGUGGGUCAUUCCCCCGGAUGGGCAGCAGCCACAAUUUCAGUCUUACCCGAUGGUGGUCUACUCGCCAUACCAACAGCAACCGGUGCCCCAACAAGGGCAGCAGCAAUGGCAGGCGGAUCAAUAUCCAUCCGCACCGUCGAAUCUCCCCACAGCAUCCAGCACCGAUCCGGUGAGCCUUGCCAAUCCAUCUCCGCCACCUUAUUCGACUGCGGCUGCAUUAUUGGAACCUUUAAAGAAUAAAAAUAUUGAUUGUAUAAGUUAUAAAUCGAAUGUAAAUUCAGAAAUGGACUGUCGACAAAUCAGAGAAUAA